AUUGUUUAUUUGAUCUUAUUUGCUUGCCAUGAAUUGAUUUUACUGUCAGCAGUGGUUAUAGCAUCGUUUGACCAACGAGAAGAAAAGGAGAGUGACUUGGAUCAUCUGUGUGACGGAAUUCGUCUUUAGUCUUGCAAGAUAACAAGGGAAUGGGCUUACCAGACUUUGGUCUUGGUUGGUUGUGUAUAUUCUUUGUAGUUUUAACCAUAGGAAGCAUAACAUGUUCAUACACUACUGCGCUUAUUUACGGACACAUCUAUCCAUUCUUCCCAGCGAUUAGCGACACUGGAGUWUUAUCUCCUGAGAAGUACAUUUUUAGGGAAUUAAACAAUCUAGCAGCAUUUUUAUUUAUUACCAAUACCUAUGUGCGAUACAUGCAAUAUCAACUGGUAGCUUUCCAAUGUCCUGAAGAACAUUACAGACUGGACAAACUCAAUAAAUUUACAUUUGGAAUUGGAAUACUGUCUGGAAUUGCAAUGACGUUUGUGGCUAACUUUGAAGUUCAAAAGACUGUGUCAUUCCACGAUGUUGGAGCAUUAAUAGGAUUCAUCGGUGCACUGAUUUACUGCUGGCUACAAACAUUGAUGUCAUAUAAACUACGAGAUCACGGUGUUAUCAACAGUACAGCAAUAUGCCAUAGCAGAGCAAUGCUAUCUGCAAUAAUGACAUUCACAUUCAUUGUAUUUUUUACUUUUCAAUAUAAAUCUCACAACGAAUGGGACCGCGAGAGACCUAAUACUCCACAUACAGCAAAGCUUAUGUGGAGUCCCAAAGAUCCUGGCUAUAUCUGUCACGUGAUUAGUAAUAUUGCUGAGUGGUCGAUGUCAGGAGCAUUCUUCAUGUUCGUUACAACKUUUUUAACAGAAUUUCAGAAAAUUAGGAUUACAUCUGACAUUUCAUCUACAGAAUAUUGGGACUGACGACCAAUUUGAGUAGUCCUAGCUCUUAAUUCAGUUUAUUUAUACCUUAAAAUGUCCUUAAUUUCUCAAAUAAAUGAUAAAAAAACUCAUUCUACUAGAA